GCUUUUUAAACAACAACACGGACUCAUCAACCGCCUCGGUAGCUUGCUAGCAAACAUACAAACCAAACAUCGGAGCUCUUUUCACAAUUUUAUGUAUAUUAACAGCAGGGUUUUAAACACAUUCUGUCUGCUUACUAGUUAUUAAAUGUCAUAUAUAUGUUGUUAGUCAGCUAGCUUGUUAAGAUAGCCUAGCACUACGCUAGUCGCUAAUUAACUAGCUAGCCAACUAACAUCCACCACCAUGAACUCAAUAAGCUACUCGCCCCCUGCUGAAGAAGAGGGCUGCUGGUCGGAGAAAGAAGCUCUGGGGCUGAACAUUGUCGUGAAAGAGGAAGAGGAGGAUGAUAUCACCGUGAAAGGCGAGGAUCCGGAGAUAACUGUCACAGGGAAAGGGGAGGAAGAAGCUGUGUUAGUGAAGGAGGAAGAGGAGGGGGAGAUAACUGUCACAGGGAAAGGGGAGGAAGAAGCUGUGUUAGUGAAGGAGGAAGAGGAGGGGGAGAUAACUGUCACAGGGAAAGGGGAGGAAGAAGCUGUGUUAGUGAAGGAGGAAGAGGAGGGGGAGAUAACUGUCACAGGGAAAGGGGAGGAAGAAGCUGUGUUAGUGAAGGAGGAAGAGGAGGGGGAGAUAACUGUCACAGGGAAAGGGGAGGAAGAAGCUGUGUUAGUGGAGGAGGAAGAGGAGGGGGAGAUAACUGUCACAGGGAAAGGGGAGGAAGAAGCUGUGUUAGUGAAGGAGGAAGAGGAGGGGGAGAUAACUGUCACAUGGAAAGGGGAGGAAGAGGACGUUUUUAGAGUGAAAGAGGAGGAAGAUAUGACUGUCACGGUGAAAGAGGAGGAGAAGAAAGGUGAAGAGGAGGAGACUGGAGAUCUGAUUAACACCAGAGAGAGACCAGACUAUCACUCUUCUGACACCAGGAAGAGUCCUACAGGGGAAUCAGACCCAGUGACAUCCAAACCAGCAAGACCCCACCACUGUUCCCAGUGUGGAAAAAGAUUUAUCCGGUUAGGGCACCUGAAAGAACAUAAGAGAACACAUACAGGGGAGAAGCCUCAUCACUGCUCUCAGUGUGGAAAGGGUUUUGGACAGUCAGGGCAUCUAAAAGUGCAUGAAAGAACACACACUGGAGAGAAGCUGUAUCAAUGCUCCCAGUGUGAAAAUAAAUGUUUCUCAUCAGGGGACCUGAAAUCACAUGAGAGAACACACUUAGUAGAGAGGCCUUUCCAAUGCUCUCAGUGUGGAAAGAGAUUUAUCCAGUCAUCGCAUCUGAAAGAGCAUGAAAGAAUACACACAGGAGAGAAGCCAUUCCAAUGUUCCCAGUGUGGAAAGAGUUUUACCCAGAGAGGGAAGCUGAAAGAUCAUGAAAGAACACAUACAGGGGAGAAGCCUCAUCACUGCUCUCAGUGUGGAAAGGGUUUUGGACAGUCAGGGCAUCUAAAAGUGCAUGAAAGAACACACACUGGAGAGAAGCCGUAUCAAUGCUCCCAGUGUGAAAAUAAAUAUUUCUCAUCAGGGGACCUGAAAUCACAUGAGAGAACACACUUAGUAGAGAGGCCUUUCCAAUGCUCUCAGUGUGGAAAGAGAUUUAUCCAGUCAUCACAUCUGAAAGAGCAUGAAAGAAUACACACAGGAGAGAAGCCAUUCCAAUGCUCCCAGUGUGGAAAGAGUUUUACCCAGAGAGGGAAGCUGAAAGAUCAUGAAAGAACACAUACAGGGGAGAAGCCUCAUCACUGCUCUCAGUGUGGAAAGGGUUUUGGACAGUCAGGGCAUCUAAAAGUGCAUGAAAGAACACACACUGGAGAGAAGCCAUAUCAAUGCUCCCAAUGUGAAAAGAAAUUUUUCUCAUCAGGGGACCUGAAAUCACAUGAGAGAACGCACUUAGUAGAGAGGCCUUUCCAAUGCUCUCAGUGUGGAAAGAGAUUUAUUCACUCAUGGCAUCUGAAAGAGCAUAAGAGAAUACACAUGAGAACGACCAUUCCAGUGCUUUCAGUGUGGAAAGGGGUUUAACUGGGUAGCGAGCCUGAAAAUACAUGAGAUGACACACAUGAGAGAGAAGCCUUUCCAAUGCUCUCAAUGUGGAAAAAGUUUUACCCGGUUAGGGAACUUAAAAACACAUAAAAUGACACACACAGGAGAGAAGCCUUUCCACUGCUCCCAGUGUGGAAAAAGUUUUACCCAUUUAAGGAAUCUGAAAAUGCACGAGAGGACACACUCAGGAGAGAAGCCUCACCUCUGUUCCCAGUGUGGAAAUGGUUUUGUUCAGUUAGUGCACCUAAAAACACACGAGAGGACACACACAGGAGUGUAGCCUCACCUGUGCUCCCAGUGUGGAAAGGGUUUUCUUCAGUUAAGGGGCCUGAAAGACCAUGAGAGAUUACACACAGUAGAAGACGCCAUAGGAGCAGGGCUUCAUUCAAUUCAAAACCAGUAUUUACAUCACCUUUAUAUGAAAAAAUAACGAGUUGAAUAUUGGAAUGUAUUUGAAAAUACCAUUUGGAAAGUAUUGGCAUGUAUUUACAAUUACUUCAACUACAUAUCAUAUUAUGAAUUUGAAAGACAGUAUAAUAAAUAUUAGAAUAAUUUGGAUUUAUUUAAAAUAGUUGUGAAUGUACAGUCAUGGCCAAAGGUUUUGAGAAUGACACAAAUAUUAAUUUCCACAAAGUUUGCUGCCUCAGUGUCUUUAGAUAUUUUUGUCAGAUGUUACUAUGGAAUACUGAAGCAUAA